GUUCUCUGUCCCAGCGUCUGUCCGUCUCUGCUCAGGUUUGCUGUCUGGAGUUGGUUCAGCACAAACGUCUGCUCCUGUGCGGUCUGACCUCCGGCACCGUCCUCAUCUACCCGCUGGCUCUGCCCCAGGAGACCCUGUGCAUCCCUCCUCCAGAGAGCCUGUGCAGGGUGCUCUGCGUGGCCGUCAGCGCCCACGAGAAGCACGUGGCGGUGGCCUACGAGGACUCGGUUUGUCUGUUCGAGAUCUCUGCCAGAGACAGCUUCCCCACGGUGGAGGGCCCCCUGCACAGGUUCCCCCUGUCCCUCCUCCACGGCCCGCUGUCCUCCAUGGCGCUGCUGUCCGACCGCAGGCUCCUGUACGGGACGAGCUGCGGGGAGGUGAGGCUCCACGACUUCAGCAGCGGCAGCGGCUCCGGUCUGGAGCCUCACCGCAGCAGAGUGACCUGCGUGAUGGCCAGUAACUGGGGGACUCACGCCCUGGUCGGCUCCGAGGACGCCGUGCAGAGGCUGUGGGCCCUGACCCCGCUGACCCUCGACCACACCAUGGAGUACAAGGGUUUUCUCUUCGAGGGCGUCCUCUCUGCUGCGUUCUCCGAGAGCGACCGGUUCCUCUUCACCGGAUCUCAGGACAGAACCGUCAAAGUGUGGGACGUUCAGACGGGAAACCUGCUGCACGUUCAGUACGUCUACUCCCCGGUGGUCAGGAUGGUGACCUUCAGGAACGGCUUCGUGGCGUUGUCUCAGCAGGGCGCCGUCAUCAGAGAAGUGUUCCGCUGCCCAGACCACGUCAGUCCGGACUACAACCCUCUGAGGAACGUCAAGGCUCAGUACCACGUCACCUCCAGGGACAAGAACGGGGACGUCCAGCAGAACUCUGUGUCCGGCCCCCAGGACUUUAACCCCGCCCAGUUCAACCUGAACUUUAUGAGCAUGCUCCGAGCCAAACCCUCCUCCACCUGUGUCAUACUGUAGCAGCAGGGCCCAACCCGGGGCCUCCGGGGGCCUCCAGGUGCCUCCAGGUGCCUUCAGGGCCUCCGGGGGCCUCCAGGUGCCUCCAGGUGCC